CAAAUGACAGAUUAAUUUAGAUUCUAGACAAAAAUAAGCACAAAAUUCAAAAAUCAUAAUUCUAUAUUUAAUUUGGAUAAAAAAGAGCUUUAUUGAAUUUAAUUAACCAAAAUACGAAGUUUGAAUAGGUAGUUCAACAUAACACAGAACCAAAUCGUGAUAAAUGUUGACAUUCAAUAUGGCGGUAUGUCGUCAGUGCUAUGCUGUGUCGUGGUGAGAUUCGAUAAUAACAUAGUUUUGUAUUUAUUAUUUGCUGUCAGACACCAUAACGUAUGCGAAAAUUUUGAAUAAUUGCGUAAUUAAUAUGAUACAGUAUUCGCAUUUAUGAGAGCAGUUAAGGUAGUUUCAUACGUUUCGGACAUCGUUGUAAUUUAUGCAGAUCGGUCUAUCGGUCGGCGGUACCUACCUAGAUAGCAAUGAUAAAAUGUAGAACGUCCGUCGGAUGCAUCGUCUUGCUCUUGUGAAUAUCGACUUACAAACGUGCAGAUAGCAACACGAUUUUAUUAUUGUCUGCAACCGAGCCAAUGCAUCACGGAGCUCCGAUUCAGCAAGCAUUGAAGACAUCUGAGGAUUUAGCUUAACACAAUUUAAAGUACAUAAUUUUAUUUUGCAACAAUAGUGGUUUUGGUGUGUAUUAAAUGGUCACAGUCGCAUUGGUACAUUAUGUUCGCGUGAACGCAGACUUUAUAAAUAUGAUUUGAUUAAAGCUUUGUAAUCGCUGUAGAUUAAAUUGUGACACCAUAAAAUUAACUGUGAUAUAUUGGUAAUAAAACAGAUUUUUGACUCUUAUACAAAAAACCUAAGAAAAAUAUAAUGUCUAGUAAUCCUCAGUGGAAAAUGUUCCAACCGCCAGAUUCACACUCAUCUCCCCUGCAAGAUAUUUUAGAUCUCCAGCACUCCAACAUGCAGCACAAAUCUUCGUAUCGUAAUGGUACCUACAGCAGUGAGUACCCAAGUUCUCCUCGGGAUAAUUAUAAUGGUGGUUCCAAAUCAAGUGGUGGAAACCGAUUCUCAGGUGGAUACAAUGCUGAUGGAUGUCCAAUGGGUGACUCAGCAUAUUCAUCUUCUUCAACCAAUAACAGUUCAUCCCAAUAUGACUCAGUCAAUCACCCACCUAUUAGAGAGACCGGCAUUAUUGAAAAACUUCUCCAUUCUUAUGGUUUCAUACAAUGCUGUGAGAGGCAAGCCCGUCUUUUUUUCCACUUCAGUCAGUUCAGUGGUAAUACUGAACAUCUUAAAAUAGGUGACCCUGUGGAAUUUGAAAUGACUUAUGAUCGUCGAACAGGCAAACCAAUUGCAUCAACAGUCACUAAAAUUGCACCGGAAGUGGUAUUAAGCGAAGCUAGAGUCACAGGCACUGUAACAACAGAAGUAAAAGGUGAAGGAUCUGGUGAUAAUACAGGUAGAAUAUCCUAUGAAACUCGUGGAGAAUGUUUCUUCUUGCCCUAUACAAAAGAUGAUGUUGAAGGGAAUGUCACUUUACGCACUGGAGAUGCUGUCAGCUUUCAAAUUGCAACUAAUCAAAGAGGAACAUUAGGUGCUUGUCAUAUACGUUUUGAGAACCCCGUACAUCCAGUUAAAUAUCAUGGAGUUGUCUGCUCCAUGAAAGAAAAUUUUGGUUUUAUUGAACGUGCCGAUGUUGUAAAAGAGAUAUUCUUUCAUUUUUCUGAAACUAAAUGUAAAGAAGAAUUGACUCUCGGUGAUGAUGUCGAGUUUAUUAUACAAACUAGAAAUGGCAAAGAAGUGGCAUGUAACAUUACUAAGUUACCAAGUGGUUCAGUUGUGUUUGAAGAUGUAAGUCCUGAAAUAAUGCGUGGUCAGGUGUUGAAGCCUUUGGAACGCGGUAACUUGGUGCGUGCAACACAGAACGAUCCUCUCCCUGGGCGCAUCCGAUACCGUGCUGCAGAUCAUUCUGAAGUUGAGGUCCCCUUUGGAGAUAAAGACCAGUGUGGUGAGUUUACGCUCCGACACGGAGAUUGGGUGCAGUUUCAAGUUGCAACCGAUCGUCGUGAUCAGCUCAAGCGCGCCACUAAUAUUUCUCUCCUCGAUGAAUCUUUUUAUGUAUCUGGCGAACGGCGGGAGCAAGGCCUCGUGUGCUCUCUGCGGGAAGGGUUCGGAUUCAUCCGUUGCGUGGAAAGAGAACAGACUAUGUUCUUUCAUUUCGCCGAGGUUCUUCGCUUAGGACAAGAUCUCACCGUUGGAGAUGAGGUGGAGUUUACCGUUGACCAUUUAUCGACAUUCUCGAACAUGAACACGCGGCAAUCAGCUAUUCGCAUCAAGCAUCUCUCGCCGGGCACGGUUCAGUUCGAGACUCUGAUCGAGCGCGGCGUCAGAGGUGUUGUGACCAAGGAAGCUCAAGUGUACAACAACACCGGCAGUCCGACCCGACAGCCUCCACCGGAUACAAAUGGACUAAUCUCUUGUCAGAUUAAUCAGACUAAGAAAUCUCUGCCUUUUAUGGCCAAAAAAUGCGAAUCAAAAAUGCUACCCCGUGUUGGAGACAAGGUCACCUUCGACUUAUACCAGGUUAAACGCACAAAGGAGCUUGUAGCGAUGUCAGUACAAGUCCAACACAGUCUUACAAACGGCAACUCGAGUAAUGGAAACGGCAGCCGUCCCAUCAUGCAAGGUUUCAUAGCUGCUCUGAAAGAUGGAUUUGGUUUUAUUGAAACAUCAGAUCACACCAAAGAAGUGUUUUUCCACUUCAGUAAUUUGGAAGGUAGCCCGGAAAAUUUGGAAUUGGGCAUCGAAGUCGAGUAUAGUUUGGGUCGCCUGAACGGCUCUGGCGGGGGCUGUGCAAGCGCUGAAUACGUCCGUGUUUUGGCUCGAGGUACUAUACCUAUUGCGAAGCCGCUAGAACCAACUCUAAAUGGAACUGUGACGAGAACCUUACGGGCUCUGAACCCUGAUCAAGCCCAAUAUUCCGGUUUGAUUCAAGUGGAAGGUGGGACAAGCUAUGAGUUUGGCAUUAUGGGAUUAUCAUGCAAGCGUGAGAUUCUGCAGGUUGGUGAUCCAGUAACUUUUCAAGCUGACAUAGAGGGACGGGCCAGUAACAUAGUGCCAAUUAGAAAGAAGCGACGUGCCAUUGUUGACGCCAUAAAAGGUGUUUUUGGCUUUUUGUCUGUCGACGGCGAAGAUACUCGUCGUUUGUUCUUCCACAUGUCUGAGGUUCGAGGUAAUCCCUCCGAGUUGCAGUCGGGGGAUACUGUUGAGUUCGUGAUGCUUACUAAUCCUCGUAAUGGGAAGUCUUCUGCUUGCAAUGUCGUUAAAAUAGCGAGCAAGGGUAAAGUGAGAAGUGAACGUCCAGAGCGGCUUCUCUCUCGGCUCCGGACGGCUUCGUUGGAGGAGUCGGCAGGGCCUCGAGUGAUUGCUGUGCGCACUCCACGCGGCCCCGACGGAUCGAGAGGCUUCCGUCCGCGUCGUCCCAUCGCAGAAUUGUUGGCCGAGUGAGACGUCUUGGUCGACCAACCCGCAACAAGACCUGAACAUUUUACAGCUAUGUACGUAGUUAAAAAAAACAGCUAUCGGUUUGAUUUUCGAUUUAAAUUGUUUCAUUGUAUUCGUGAGAGACUGACUGAUCCUCUUUUCAUUAGCAGCAUUUAGAUUGUGUUUUGUUAAUUGUGUCAAAAGUAGGUGACGAAGGAAAAGAAAAAUAAUUCGUUACUUUGGCCCUUUCGAUAGAUCGGCUCGCGUAUCACCUAUGUCGCUUAAUGAUCAAUAAGGAGUUCAACAUAUCAAGUUUAUUGAUAUCGUUUUUUAUUCGCUAUUUUUUUUUUAAUUUUCUUUUAUAAGAGGUUCUUUUUCGCAUAGACACGUUGUUCAAAAUUCCAACUAUCUAUUUAUUGUGUAGCAUAUUACGGUUUGCCAAGUUCAAUUAUGUAUUUGUAUAGGCUACUUGGCGGACACAUAACAAAUGAAGGUCGAAUUAAAAUUAAAAACGCAUGUAUUACAUAUACGUCCAUUAAAUAUACUUCUCUUAUAUGUAUUGAAUAUAUGCUUUGAAAAUUUUGAAGCAUUUUUAUAAUUAUAUGAAAAAAAAAAAGAAACAAAACUGGACCACGUCUGCAAAGUGAUAAACAAACUUUUUGUAUAUUUAUGUACAGUUCGCGAAGAUCGGAUAUAAAAAUGGAAUGUUAUUUAUUAUUUGAUGGCUUGCUGUUAUGUUGUUUAAGAGAUCUCUGUUAUACGAAACAUGUUCUGUGAUUUUGUAAAAUUUACGUGCAAUAAACUAUGAAAUGAAUUAUGAGCUACUUUUAUCAAUGAUGUAAUCAAAAAGUGAAAUCAAUUUCAAAAAUAAAAUGUUAAUAUUUUAAAUACAAAGUCCUUACAGGACAAUUCUGCUAGUCCUUUAGUGUUAUGUGUUUUCUCUCCAUUGUUAUUUUACUUCAUAUGCUAUGUGUCGCCAGAAAAUUAAUACUCUUGUAAUUUACCAAUAAUUAACAGUACGACGAACAAUCACUUGCAACAGCAAUACAUUUGCUAUGAAUUAUGCAACAUUUUUUUUACCAAAGACUGAAAUAAAAAAUCAUUUGAGUAAAUAAGAUUGGUGUUAGAUUUAAUUUAAUUGUAUGUUGCACACAUAUCUAUAGUACGAGUAUUUUGUGGCAGUUUAGAUGUUUUUUCUUCAUAAUCUACAAUAAAUAAAUAAACAUUAGAAUACAAACGUAUUGCCUUUCAUAUAAGCUUAAACGUACGGAAUUACGUUUUUGCUUGUUUUCAUAUUUAUAUAAUAAAAUAUUGUACAUAAUAUGUUUGUAUCUGACGAAGAAUCGAAUUUAGCUCGGUUAAGAAAAUUAGUUUUGGCAUUGUACAGACAUACAUAUAUAUUUUAUGAACACCUGUCUUACUACACCGCAAUAAGGAUGUGAUAAUAAUAAUUUCCUGAAGCGCGUGGAACUAUCCACGUAACUAUUCGUAGAAUUAAUCAACAUGUGCCUCACUGGCCAGCCGAGAUUAGGCUUUAGGUAACGCGACCGUAAAAAGCUUUAUAGUGCUACAAGGAUCUUUAUGAAUGUGAUCGAAGUCGGUUCUGGAGACGUUACCGACGCAUCAGUGUUGCCAAUAACAAAAAAAAAUAUAUAUAUCAGAGAAUUAGUUUAUAUGUAACCCAUGUUGACGCUUAAAAUACUUUCACUCAUUUUGCCACUAAUAAAUUAUAAAGAUUUUUUUUGUCUUUUCAGAUUAAGAUCAUUUUAAAUUUGGAAAUAUGGUAGUCUUUUUGCUCACCUGACGACGUUGAAAUUUAUUAUUAUCAUGAGCGUCAUAUUUAAAUUUAUCAUCUUGAUAUACAACCGGAUUUAUUUAAUUUAAUACAUAUUUCUGUUACUAAUUUAUCUCUAUAAAUUUAUUUGUUAACAACGCUUCGUAUAUGACCUCCAGAAAUUUAUUGUUUAAUCAUACCAAAAUAAAUGAAAAAUUGAUUUUCACAAGAUGGCGGCUGAUGCGCCAUUGUUAUCACGUUCAAAAUGAUCCUUGUCUUGCGUUGAGCUAUCGAUUCUCAGGUUACCUACCGAAGCUGGCUAACGUCUUAUGCAUAUAAAGCAAUAAUACAUUUAAUUAAUAUACAAAGUACCAACUGUGCAUUAUUAAAAUUUGUUAAAGCGAUAUUAGAAGAAUUCCUUUAGCUUGUCUUUGCCUAGCUGCAUAUCAUAUCCCGAAGGCGCCUCUCGGGUACAAUUACGUUAGAAAAGGGCAAGCAAGACCGGUGUUUUGAUAAGCGUCAUUUACACACUGGCUCUAUAAAAUAGUCGUUACACGAAAUGAAUCUAUACAACAACACCAGACUUCGUCUUAGACGGAAACUUAUAAUUAUCUUAGAUAAUAUUUUCAUUACGAGCAAUAAAAUGUGUUCAAAUAUUUAACGUGCCCAAUGUGAAUUUUGAUAUUUCUGAUAAAAUUUCCAUAUUUUGUGAUAAUACCUGGCCGCGCUGACCAGUUUUUGUGAUCAAUGAUGAACCGUAAAUGUGUAAAUGUCGUUUUUUUAAUCGUACGAUUCGACGGGGCCACUGCGUUUUGAUGUGGUAAGUGAUUUAGUGCUAAAUGUGAUUACACUAAGAAACGGAUAGGUGAUAAAUUUUACGACAAGAAAUUCAAAGUACAAGUACAAAGUGAUCAUAGAUUUCUCAUUUUUUGAUAUCACGUUUUUAACGUGUUAAGAUUAGUGAAAUAAGCCUUGUUGUUUGAUGUGUACAAUAUUUUUGAACGUAUUUCAAUUGAACGGACUAGAACCCGAAACGGUAGGAGGCUAUUAAAUGUAUUUUUAGGUGUUGCCAGUUUUUCUUUUUUUUCUUUCUAUAUCGGAUCUUACCCUUCAAUUUUUUUUAGUGCUCUGUAAUCUAAUACCCCUCCUGUAAGCCUUUCUAGAUGAACAAAUUUUUUUAAAUCACAUUUCUAAAUAUUUUAAUGUCUUUGACUAUGGCGGUAUGUCUUAAAUUUCGUUUACGAUCGAUUACGUAUAACUGUUUAGGAGUGUGAGUAUUGUGAAUUGUAAGUAAGUAAAAGCGAAUCCUAUGUAAUUAAGACCGGUAUAACCGUUAUCGCUUUCUCGCUUGUACAUAUUUAUUGAGCGAGGGAAUUUUGAACAAAUGUAUAUGCUUACUUAGCCUUUAAUCUUGAUGAUUUGAUAUUCUGAAUCGUAAUAUUUAUGCUCAUGUAACCAUAACAUAGUAAUAGUAAUGUAAUAAUAUUAUCAAAAUAUUUGGUGUUGUAGUUUACGAAAUUAAAUCCCGUGCUAUUUCGGGUAUAGGUAUUAAUAUGUACUAGUCUUACAUAUUUACAUUAUCUAUUUUCACUUGAAAAAUGUAUAUUUAAGAUGCUAUGAAUGUCUUGUGAGAUCUGACCAACGUAAACUGUUGUUUAUACUCAAACCAAAGUGUCUAGCAGUGAAUUUGGCGAACCUAAAACAAUUGUCAAAUACAGUGCCUAAAAGAACCUCUCGGUCGGAAAUACCAAACAAGAAAUGUUAAAUUAUUUAAGCUUUCAGAAUUACAAACUCUGGAAUAAUACUAAGGGUAUAUUUUUAUUUUUUAUUCUUCGAAUAUAAUCGUAAUGGGAACCGUCUUUGCCAAAUGUUUUUUGAGACUUGAUUAAACAAACUUUUACUAUUUCUGAUAAUAUCCAAAUGUGUCGUGUAAUUUGUAGAUAAAAUUAAAUAAGAGUCGUCUCGUAAAAUUCUGUAAACAUUUUAUUAAAAAAAAAAAAAAAGUAUUAAUAUAAAAAUACAUUUCUUGCAUUUAAAUAAAUGUUUUGUAGCUUGGCUCUCAAAAACGUAUCUUGUUUUUUAUGCACGUCUAUGAAUGAAUUUAAGAUCUGAAUUUUUCGUAAACAUUAAACUAAGGCUAAAAUAACGUCAAAUUAUUCAAACACGAAAUUAUUAUAACGAAAAAUCGUCGUAAAUACUAAUCGAAUUUUAUUUAUAGGCCUUAAUAGUUUUAGUGAGAUAGUAAUUUUAAUCUGAUUAAAAUUUAUUGCACCUUACUGGGGUGAGUGCGUUAAUUUUUUGAUCAGGCUAUGAUUACGCGUUGUGCUCGCUAGCGUAUUACAAUCGAAUGGACCUCGCCAGUGAUAAAUAUCGGAGUUUUACUCCUAACUAUAAAUACUAAAGCAACGACGAUUUUAUAAUUUUAUACAAAGCAAUGAGUGCUGUUUAUUAACGACUUUGAAAUACCUCUCGAUUAUUAUACAAAACAAAUUAGGUUUUACCGUAUAACUUUUAGAAUAUUAGUGUCGGUGUCCGCACUGUGUUAGUUUUAUUUGAAAUUUUCCAUGGUUAUCAUGUGAUGUGAAAUCGAACAAGGCACACCUGGGUUAUUCCAUUUAACAAAUGACAUUGCUAUCUAUAUAUAUAUAUAUCGUUCAAUGUGUUUAUGUUAACAUGGUAUAAAACUCGAAGGCUGUAUAAUUAUCGAAAAAUAAAUAAAAAUUAGAAAUUG